AUGUCGACUAAACUAAAAAGUUGUGUAGUUUGCGGGGAACAUGCGACAGGCAUUCAUUUCGACGCCCUAUCGUGUGAAUCGUGUAAAGCAUUCUUCCGGAGAAAUGCCCACAAAUUCAAUAGUCGCAAAUGUGCAUUUGGAGACAAUUGCGAUAUAAAUGUCUUAAACAGAAAGUUUUGCCAAAAAUGUCGACUAAAUAAAUGUUUUUCCGUAGGAAUGAGAAAGGAUUGGAUACUCAAUGAAGAGGAAAAGGAGUUAAGGAGAAAGAAAAUCCAAGAAAACAAGAUUAAGAGACUAAACACGACUAAACAAACUGAGCGGACAGUUAGCCCAGAAUCUGUCGAGGAGUUCAUGUUAUACUCGACCAUAAACUUUGAUUCAAUUAUAAACGAGAUCCUUGCUACCAUUACGAGUUUAAGUGGUUUCCAAGACAUUUACCCCGACGACCAAUUAGCCCUGGUCAAAUAUGGCUGCUUUGAAAUCAAAAUGUUGAGGGCAAACCUAUUCUUUCAUUACGAGCACCAGUGCUGGGAAAAUAACGCUACAAUUAAGUGUAAUUUGACUUUAUUUAAAAACUUCAACUAUAACAACAUAUACACUGCCUUAAAGAAUUGUCUGCUAAAAUUUGCCAUUGAGUUAGACCGCGAUCAUCUCAUACUUACCCUGUUAAUGCCUAUAAUACUAUUCAAUCCGGAGAGACCACACAUUAUUCACAAAGAAGUGGUUAUAUUCGACUCAAUGCUCGGGAAGAUCUUAACAUACCUUAUUAGCUUUUUCAAAACAGGCAAUAAUUUUGGUGUCAUUUCGUGUGAAUCGUGUAAAGCAUUCUUCCGGAGAAAUGCCCACAAAACAUAUGGACUUAAAUGUAUGUUUGAAAACAAUUGUUACAUAAGUGUGGUAACUAGAAAGUUUUGCAAACAAUGUCGACUCACUAAGUGUUUUGCAGUUGGGAUGAAGAAAGAAUGGAUACUCACUGAAAGGGAAAGGGAUAUAAGGCGAAAGAAAAUCGAGGAAAAUAAGAUCAAGAAACUAAACAAGUAUUUAGACACUUGUCUAAUUGAACGGACAGUUAGUCCACAAUUGUGUGAAUAUUCAGAAAAAGCAAUAAAUUCAGAUUUGGACAGUCGUGUUAUUAGUGAUGAGGACUUGUGUGAAUAUAUUAAGCAAAUCGACAAUUUCUACUCAAAUGAAUACAUCGAUGAAAUCAAUGUCAGCGGAUUUAGUGAUGCAAAUCAUAAGGACAUCCCCUUACCAUUACCAUUGAGUUUAGAGGCUCUGGUCCACUCACUUAAUAUUAAUGAGACACACAUUGCUAUUAAUAAGAAAGUUACAUCAGAAACUAAUAAUAAUAACAGUAAUGAAUUGUCAAAUGAGAUAAUCAAUGGCUUGGAACUGGCAGUAAUCAUACACCCGUCCACUCAACACUCGUUUAUAAACUUUAAUGGUCUCAACAAAUAUGAAUUCAAUUGUCUGAAUGAGUUGUUGAGUGCCCUGAGCCAAAUGGGACGGUUUCCGUUCACGAAUUGUAAUAUACCUUCCGUUAGGAAUACCUAUAAUUCAAUGGAAGAGGUCAUGAAAUACUGGACAAUAAACUUUGAUCCGUAUAUAUCACUCAUUGUUGGCACCAUUCAAAAGUUAAGUGGCUUUCAGGAAAUGUGUCUCAAUGACCAAAUAGCCCUGAUCAAGUAUGGGUGCUUGGAAUUUAAGAUAUUGAGAGUAGCCCUCUACUUUAAUUAUGAAUACCAGUGUUGGGCGCUUAAGGAUAAUAACGAUACAAUUAAAGCGAAUUUAAGCAUGUUCAAGAGUUACAAACAAAAUAACUCGUAUAAUAUGUUAAAGAAAUAUUUGUUAAGAGUUGCCAAUGAAUUAGACUGCGAUCAUCUCAUACUUAUCUUGACUUCAACGUAA